AUGGAUCUGGAAGACAAAAAGACGCUUCUGAACAAUUUUCCGUCCCUUUUCAACUUCGCACUGAAGCUGCGGUGUGCCACACACCUGUGCCCUCGCGAUUUUGAGGAUUAUGGGUGUUCCUGUAGACACGAGGCGGAGGAUGGGCCAAUUGAUGACAUGGACAGCUGCUGUUUCCAGCACAGAAGUUGCUACAAAGAUGCAGCCUCAAAGCACUGUAGACUGGACCCAGGAAGACUGUCACUGAGCUCAACCUGUGCCGAAGUCAACACCACCUGCGAUAUGUCUGACUUCUGUGAGCAGCAGUACUGUAUGUGUGACAGGACAGCCAUUGACUGCAUAGCUCACUCCAUAUACAACCCUGCACUGAGACAUCUGGAUAGCUACUUCUGCCUACUAGCCUCUGCAACAGUUAUGAAUAUCAAUGUGACAAAACCCAUGGCUGCUCUGACUACAAAAGGCAUCGAGACAAUAGGGUUUACCCAUGAUUCCAUGGAGAUGGAGGAGUCUUCCUUGGAAGUACUUCAUAACCCCGUAACGGAGUCAACAACUGUUACCAUGGAGACAGCAAAGUCAGAAACCGGCCGGACGACACAGUCUUCCCUCGAGUCGGAUGAGCUGGGGGAGUCUGUCACAGAAGGGCAGGAGAUGAUAACUGCAUCGGUGACUCCUACGAUAGCGAGGACUUCCAGAAGAACAACAUGGCUGCCCUCCCCUACAACUGACAAUGUGUCUGAAGAAACAGUGGAAGAGAAGGAGCCCUGCACAGAGAAAGAGCCUGUCGACAGCUCACAGGAGAAAGAAGCAGAAGAGUCGGGAGUUCCCAUGGCGAAGGCGGUGCCGUUAUUUGCCCUGUCUUUCCUCGGGAUCGAGGAAGAGCUGCUCGAGCCUGACACUGAAGAGUGCAGUCACACCUUCACUGUGUACGGGGCCAGUGGCAGAGUCCAGCGGGAGAUGCCGGCCCUGGGGGAGAUGCUGCACUGCCUGACGGAGCGCUGCCCGCACGAAUACGAGAUGCACGGCUGCUACUGCGGACAGGAGGGCCGGGGCCAGCCGCAGGACCAGCUCGACAGAUGCUGUUUCAUUCACCAGUGCUGCCUGGAGCACCUUAGGAUGAGGGGCUGCCGGGCGGAACGCAAGGUCUCCGCUCACGUUAGCUGUGAGAACGGGCAAGCGCGAUGUUACGGGGUCAGCGUCUGUGACAAGCUGCAGUGCGUGUGCGACAGGGCCAGUGCUGAGUGCAUGGCGGGGGCCCACCUCAACCACAGCUCCCCUCUGAGGCAGUGCAGUGGGCCCCGGCCCUCCUGUCGCCGGGGGCCCAUCGGGGGCCGGCCCCGCCCCAAGCCCCAACCCCAGCCCCAGCCGCCAGAGUCCAGCGAAGAGAGCCGGCAGCGGGAGAGCAGGUCGCCCAGGGUGACCAAGGGCCGCCCCUUACCAGCACGGAAGACUCGAUCAACACAGGAGACGCCCAGCGUGGAGAACAGUGAAGAGGAUGACUAG